GUUCGGUCGUCCCCCCGUCUUCGCUCGUCGCCAUCGCCAUCGCCCCGAGCUCUCGCAGAGAGAGAGAGAGAGAGAGAGAGCAGUGGGGGCUCUGUCUGUGGAUAAGGCCUUUCUUUGCUGCGGAGCGAGAGAGCGAGAGCUAGAGCGAGAGAGAUGGCGAGCGCUGUGACCAUGGCUGUCUCGGCUCCCACCUCGUCGAUGCGAGUGCUGCCGUCGUUCGAUGGGCUUCGAGCUCAGCAGCUUCCCACCAGCGUGAAAGCAGUCGCUGCCCCUCUGGAGAAAUCUGGGAGCCUCCUGAUCGUUGCCGACAAGAAGGUGCAAAAGAGACGCCAGAUAGUUUUGACUGAGGACAUUCCAGCAUUAGGAAAGGUUGGCGAGCUCCUGUCUGUGAAGACCGGCUACUUCCGCAACUAUCUGUACCCCACCGGAAAGGCGAAAAUUGCCACCGCAGAGCUGCUCAAAUCUAUCAAGCUGGAAGCCGACAGAGUUGCGGCCGAGAAGAGAAAGGUUAAGGAGGAGGCUGAAAACAUCGCCAGGCAAUUCCAGGCCGUUGGUUUCUUCAAUGUCAGACGUAGAGGUGGUCAAGGGAAGCAAAUUUUUGGCUCAGUUACAGCCCAAGACGUGGUGGACAUCAUUAGGGCGCAGACUGGCAGGGAUGUCGAUAAAAGAGUUGUGACCGUGCCUGAAAUUCGGGAAGUAGGGCAGUAUACUGUGGAGGUGAAGCUUCACCCUGAAGUUAUAGCUCCAGUGAAAAUCAAUGUAAUUGCCAAGUGAAUGUCACCAAGUAGUUAGUAAAUUAGAUUCAGCUCAACAUUAUUUUGGAGAAGGUAUAAGUGGGUUGUGCACAGGAGAGCGUGUCAUGACUAGAAAGGUCUGAAGUAGUAGGUGAGCUCAAUGUUGGUAGCCAAGUUUACCAUUUUUCAGUUUUGUCAUGUAUAGCUGCAGGUGUCCCCAGAUGGGUGUAUAAUGAAAUUUCUCCUAAAGCUUCCCCUUUCACUUUAUUGGUCUCUCUUCUGAUUCUGCAGCUCCAAUAUUGAGAUGAAGUAAUUUCCUUCCGCCUAAGAAGAAUUUUUCUCACC